CAAGCUUGACGACCUCCAUCUGGUCAAGGUUGUGAUUGAAAUCUUGACCAUUCUACUAGCCGUGUCAAAUGUUUCUAUGAACGUUUCUGACGCUCAAAGCAGGUUGAUCUCUCUGAGCAGCUUGCUCAAGAAGCUGGCGGAUCUUCAACGCCAACAUCCUCCGUCCUCCGUCAGUUCGAGUGACGACAUGCAUAGGGCUAUUCGGUCUGUUGUAGCGUCGAUUUUCCUCUACAAAGCGGAGCUUUGUGCUUUCUACGGCCGCCAUUUCCGCGUCGCGCCUUCUUCUCACUUCGAUGUGUUAGCCGAGUUCGACUACAUUCAAGAACAAGGCACCAAAGAUAUGGUAAUUAUCGCAAACGUUGUCCGACUCUUAUCAGCUCAUGUUUCUUUGGCAUCUUUGGCCCCUCUGGGAAGCUUUAGUCAACUCCUCAGUCAACCCGCUUUGUGCAUCGGACUAUGGAGAUUUCUGAGAAGCACUGCAUGUCUUCUAUCGUCUUGUGUGCGCCGCCCGCACCGGACAGGGGAUUUCAACAUUCAUAGCAAAGUUUUUGCUGAUAUAUGCUGGUUUUGUGCCAAGCUCAUUCCUUCUCUUGGGCCACGCUUGCAGCUCGCUGUCCUCGACUCUCCGCUCAAUCUUCACUUGGACGAGGCACUUAGCAGUGUCACCACUGACUUUAUAAGCGAUGGAAAUCUAACUCGCGCGGCUACGCACCUCAUAGACGUGAUCAAAAAGGCCCGGCGAUCAGGGUUCAAAGAUACGAGCUCAAUGCGUCGUGCUGACGGCAGUAUCGAUAUCGUGUUAAGGUAUCUUCCAGAAAGAUCCGAUUUUAUUUGGAGAGGUCUAGUAGCGCACAAUGGGUCUGUCUCUUCUGAUCACGACGGACCACAUUGAGGCAAACUUUGGGCGUAGAUGUUAUGCGGGUUGGGCUGAUGUUUGUCCCACGGAAUACGGGAGCUGGUUUAGAUUAUGGAACAUAAGGCAUUGAAUACCAGUGUCUCAGCGCAUCUUAGGGAGAGUUUUCGCGCCGGCAACUAGCAACCUCGCGAUUGAGGCUAAAUAUCUGCGAUGUAAUCAUGACGCAAUAGUAGCCCUUUGCUAGAUAAAACUCAUAUGCAC